AUGUUACAAGUUAUCCUCCUUAAUAUUUAUCUUAAAUUGUUGUUUGUAUUGGCAAGUGGAGGGCUACCUGAUCACAAUUGCAUAAUAUCGGAUGAAGAGAUGACGAUACGUUGCGUCGCGGAUAGUGAUACGUUAAGCGAUGUUACCAGUUUUACUCAAUUUUUAGCGAAUUACGCAGGAAAUCAUCAAUUUAUCUUGGAAGGACUUCCGAAAUUUUAUAAUAGAAUGCAUAUCAUAUGCGGGUAUUUAAAGAGCCUAACCUUAAUUCAUUUAGCAGGGACCACUUUUUCUUUUGAUCCUCUGGUGUGUGAUGAACCCGGAAAUUCCACUAUCAAUAAUAUCAUCAUACUAGAUCACAAUUAUGAAAGAAUCGAUGGUAACCAGGCUGAGAAGUUGAAUUUCUUAAUGUCUUUCAAAAUGGCAAAUGGUCCCUUGAUUAUUGUCGAAAAUACGUACUUCGCUAAUAGCAACAUCGAAAUUCUCAACUUAACGAGCAAUAAAAUAGAAGUGAUUGAGUCCCUGUCAUUUUUCAACAUGACUAGAUUAAAAUAUCUCGUGUUGUCUAAUAAUUUAAUCCGACAGCUCCCUUCGGACAUAUUCACCGGAACGAUCAAAUUAAGUAGUAUACGUGUCGAUUUAAAUCUCAUUACUACCAUACCAACAAAUCUUUUAAAAAAUUUAACAAAUUUAAGGGUACUCAUAAUAAGCGAUAAUUCCAUUCGAAAGUUUGAUUCUAAACUUCUAAACGAAGAUUCCUGGAAACAAAUUCAGCACUUAGAUAUUUCUAACAAUUCUAUCGAAGUUCUGGAUUUGAGAAAUAUAAAUCCCGAUAUUUAUUACUUAUAUCUAGGUUCAAAUAAAUUUUCAGGCAUAUCAAAUUUCCCUACUUUCACAGGAAACCUUAAAUCAAUCUUGAUAAAUGAUUUGCCCUUUAAUUGCGAUUGUAAUUUACUUCCUGUAAUUAACUUCUACGUUAAAUAUAUAUAUAUAAUUUCGCCCAAAGGGAUAAAAAACAAAAAUGGCCAAAAUAUAGUCUGUUUUAAGCCUCAAGCGUUAAAAGGGAAAUUUUUUUCUGAAAUUAGCGAAAAGCAAAUAUGUUCUACGCUUUCUAAAUCAACUACUAUCGAUACCACUCGUGCAAAUUCUUCCAAUCAUAGCAAGUGUCGAUUUAAAACGCCAAUUAUCGAAUGUGCUAACUCGUCCCUGCAGGUUGUGGUGUCAGAAAUUGUGGCAGAAAGCCAAGGCAUGCAGAUAUACUACUCCGCGCUAAAGAUGUCCAAUAUAUAUCUUGAUACUAAUACGACCUUCGAUGUUACUACUAACUAUACUCUAAUGAUUUUGACUGGAAGUAAUUUAACCACCAUGAACCAUAAUUUCUUAAAAUCUUUCACCAAUUUGAAAUCUCUAAAACUAGAUUAUAACAAAUUGGCAAAUAUCACAUCGGGGGAAUACCCGAGUAAAAACACGAUGUUGGUUGAAUUAUCCCUUAGUCACAACCUCUUGAGCGAAAUCAAAAAUGACGCUUUCAAGCAAACAAGUGAAUUGGUGGACAUAGAUUUAUCUUUCAAUCUUAUUAGUUUUAUAGAAAAUAGAGUUUUCCAAAACUUGGCAUCCCUUAUGUACCUUAAUUUACAACAUAAUUAUUUGAAAGACAUAAACUCCUUAAUUAUACCAGCAAACCUAUACGUACUAUACUGCAACGACAAUAAGUUAACAGCCUUGUCUUACAAAGUCCUAACCAUCAGAUUUGUAUUCUUUAUGAACAACCCGUUAAAGUGUGCUAAGGACAUUGAUAUAAAUUUACGGUUUAAGUUUUACCUCAAGGAUUUGAUUAGCAAUUCGAUUGAAGAUGUUUGGCAAACAGCUUCAACCAAAAAUAUUACUAAAGAUUCGAUAACCAGAAUCACUUGCAAAUUUGAAUGCCAAAAUUUCCGGAAAAAUAUCAUAUUCGUAGAAUAUUCAAACAAUAUUUCUUGCGGUAAUAGCCGCUCCUUCGAUCUACAGAAUGACAGCGGCAACGAUUCUAUUAACCUUGAAGCAUGGCUCAACCAAUCAGAUUUCAAAAAUAAAACAACUGUUCCGGUUGUUCCGAUAAAAUUAAUUAAUAUAACUGGAUACAACCAUGUAGAGAAAAUUAAAGCUACACCACCGUCAUCGUCUUCUUUGAUAGGAGCCUUUGUCAUAAGCAUCAUAAUAAUAAGUUUUAUAGCAUUUUUCUUCUAUUACAAGUAUUGGUACGCCAACAAGAUAGCCAAAAAGAUAAUAUCGGAAUACGUGGAUUACCAACCGACUUAUCCGUAUGCGAUUCCUGAAACCAAAACUCCGAGCCCAAAUAAAAUGGACAAAAAAAUUAACGCGCCUGCGGACGAAAUCUUGGCAAAGGAAAGUAAUUCGGCGUUAACGACCAAAGAAAUGUCCAAAAUAAUGGACGCUAAGAUUGAACCAGAAUACGAAAACAUAUAUAUUUCUGACAAGAGUACAACUUAA